UUCUUCCAUCAUGCACCAAGAGUCCUUCUCACACUCGCUGCUUUUACUUUGCAUCCUCCUGUGGAGCAGCCAGGCCCUCAACAACGACGCCACCGAGCAUGCGGGAGGCCUCUUGCCCGACGUCGGGCCGCCGCAGGAGGACGCGAAGCAAGGAAAUGUAUCCCUGAACCAGGCUCGAGCCGGUGGGAGAGCGGCAGGGCGGGACCGAAGCGAGCGAAGCCAGAUGGGUUGCAGAGAGCUGAGGUCUACCAAGUACAUCUCGGAUGGCCACUGCACCAGCACCCACCCCAUUAAGGAGCUGGUGUGCGCCGGCGAGUGUCUUCCGGCUCAAAUGCUUCACAACUGGAUCGGUGGCACCCACCAGUCCAAAAAGUUCUGGACUCGCCAUAGUACAGCUACCGGCAGUAACCCAGACUGGCGCUGUGUCAAUGACAAAACCCGUACUCAGCGCAUCAGGCUACAAUGCCAGGACGGCAGCACCAGAACAUACAAAAUCACUGUGGUCACUUCCUGUAAGUGCAAGAGGUUCUCCAGGCAAAACAAUGAGUCGGAUUCGGGACACAAGUUUGGGGUUCUGAUUCCCCCACAGACGCAGCUCCCACAUAAAUCCAAGAGCAGAAAGUCACUGGGAAAGAAGCACAUGAGCCAAAACUGGCACCAGACUGAACCAUGAGGACCGCAGGCUUUGAGGCCUUGUCAGAAGACUAUUUCAUGAUGUUUGUCAAAAAUAGGAAUGCGGGCUACUUCCGGGUGGCAGAA